AUGGAGAGAGGGGUGAAAGAGGCCCGGUUGCUUUUCGGCGCAAAAACGGGUUACAUUGAGCCCAUUCAGACGAAUCAUUGGAUCAUUGGGAAUAAUGAAACGGACGUUGUAGGGACAGGUGCCCAUAUAAUUGCGAUCGUAGGUGGAGCGGACGCAAGAGACCUAUGGGAUAGGCAAAAUAUCCUGCUGGACACGAAACGCAAGCUAGGCCGAGGACAGGAAGAGGAUAGGUUGAUCGACUGCAGGGCGUGGACGGCACUAGGGAGACCCGCUUAUCACGCCAAACUGCUCGACGCCAUUGCCGAUGCACCGGCGACAAAAUUGAGUGCCCCGUUCCCGAGCUUCAGUUACAGGCACGUCCGCGUUCGUUCCUCAAUGGCCGGGAUGUGUGGGUCCACCGUGAAAUUGCGGUACGACGCGGUCAACGGUCAUUCGAGAGGGGUGGAUCGAAGGGACAGCCUGGACCCCGUUGCACUUGCCAUCAUUAUUGUUGGCGGGGCCAUCUGCUCUCACCUCCCCGAGCUUGCUCUCCGCUCUCUCGAAAUCGCGACAGAAAACAUCCAACUAGUCCCCAGUUCACAGCGCCGACGCCUCAGAACAAGCGUGUCGAACGGCCUCCAUGCCUUCCCUUAG